UGCCCCCCUGUGGGUAAAGUAACCACCGCAUGUCUGUACUGAGACACCAAGGUUAGUGAUUAACCUUGCCUUCUCAGUCUCUCAGAGCAGCAGAGACAACGGACAGUGUUCUCACCGAGGCAUGCUGCCGCUCAGCCGCCACAUCUUAACAUGGGCGACUGCAACCACUGUACACACGACCGGGCUUUAACCGUAGAGGACGACGUGGCGGUGUUGUUUCAUAAAGUUGUCAGCCAUGACAAACAAAGCUGCCACGAGCAUGAAGACGAACUCGGCAGUGACGAACGGACAGAAGAGAGAGUUCAUUUGCGAAGUAAUUCCCUUCAUGUUGAUGAUGCUGAGGAUAAUGGGGAAGCGAGAAGACGCGAAAAUUCACUGGAAAGCAGCGAGAAGGAAACGCUGUGUCUACCGGCGUUAUGCGUCAGAAGCAGGCACGCAUCUUCCCCAGAAGGACGCGCACGUGAAGAAAAACCAAAGAGAUGUCCAGGUCUGGGUUUGUUCUACACAUUCCUGUCUACUGUUUUCUUCUCCAUCAUUGCCCUCCUGGUGAAAACUAUCCAGGGAGUCCACGCCAUAGAAAUCAGCGCCAUACGCUGCUUCUUCCAGAUGGUUUUUAUUGUGCCUUUACUCAUCUACCACAAGACAGGUUUUCUUGGUCCCAGAGAUAAACGUAUUUAUCUGGUGCUUCGAGGUUUCCUCGGCUCCAAUGCAAUGAUCAUGCUCUUCUAUGCAGUUCAGCAGAUGCCGCUGGCAGAUGCCACCGUCAUCAUGUUCAGCAAUCCCGUUUUUACCUCUCUCCUGGCUUGGAUCUUCCUAAAAGAGAAAUGCACCAUCUGGGACUGUGUUUUCACUGUUUUUACCCUGACCGGAGUCAUCCUCAUUGCCCGCCCACCAUUCCUCUUUGGCGAGCAUCUCCAUGGGAUUGAGGGCAAUUACACCAACCACGUCAAGGGGACUAUUGCUGCUUUUGCAGGAGCUGUUGGAGCUGCUUUUACCUUUGUCAUUCUUCGCAAGAUGGGGAAGAGCGUCCACUACUACCUCUCUGUGUGGUAUUAUGCUGUCAUCGGCCUUAUUGAGUGCAUCAUCACCUUGUCCGUCCUCGGGGAGUGGAAACUCCCAUCCUGUGGCCGCGAUCGCUGGGUGCUGAUGCUGAUCGCUGUUCUGGGCAUUGCUGGCCAGAUUUUCCUUACAAAGGCACUGCAGAUUGAGAAAGCUGGACCUGUGGCCCUGAUGAGGACGGUAGAUGUGGUGCUGGCCUUUUUCUUCCAGUUUGUUUUCUUUAACCGAGCACCAACCUGGUGGAGCCUCGGAGGGGCGCUCUGUGUAGUGGCGAGCACCAGUGGAGUAGCACUUAGGAAGUGGUAUGCCAACUCUCGCAAGAGCUGAGAGGCAGAAGUUACUUAUUAUAUCACUAUUUAGUAUUAAUUUUUCUACUUCAGUGUGCUUCUGGUUUACUCUGUGUUUUCCUUGUUAUUUGAAUUCAAAGCAGUUUAAAGGUUCAGGCUCCUUGAUGGUUUAAAAGCAGAAUUUUAAAGAAGGACACAUCUAAAAGGAUGUGUUUCUGAACCGGUAAUAGUUUAAAAUUCAGAACUGACUUCUUUACAUUAAUAUAUGUUGAUUGAUGAAUCAACCAGUCGAUGUAUAAUUUCUCAAAUUUUAUUCAUAAACACAUCUCUAAAGGUAGUAAGAGGAAGAAAAGUCUGCAGCCUGAAGGCAUAUUCUGCUCCUUGGAGCCUGUGUGGCUGCUUGACCUUCCUAUUUCCAUCUUACUGAAAACUAUACUAUAAAAAACGACUGAAAGUUGAAUUUUAGUUGAGCUAAAAAGAUGUAGGAUAUUUACAGCUCUGUUUUUGUUUAACUCAAAUGGAACAGCCAAAGUAAGACUGGGAAAAGUCAUAUUGUCUUAUUAUUUAAAAAUGAUAGAAAACCAGUAUGUUUAACUUGUGACCUAUGAGAUAGGUCAGUUGUUAAAAUACUACAGUAACGUAAGUCAUAACAAAUAAUAAAAAGCAGAUAAUAAAACCCCAGCAUUGGCUACAAGUUCUUACUUGAAAAUGGGGUCAAUCUGUAUGAGUCUCUCAGGGAUUUCUCUCUCAUUUUCUUACAUAAAAAUUACAUUUGCAUCUAUAUCAAACCCAGUUAUCUUACACAUGAUGAUGCUACUCAUUUUUCUGUACUGUAUAAGAACUGUAUAAGUGCCUGAUGCAGGGAGUGAUAGCCUCUAGCUUCCCCUGAUAAAAUUGACAAGUAACCAGCAACUUGUACCGUGCAGCUCUCAGAUGACUGUGCCGAUUCAUCGGCACAUGGGUCAUUCUCAUGUUAGUUUGCACUUUGUGAAUGGUUCAAGCAGCAAAGCUGCAACAAGGACCUCUUCUGUUUUUGUUCUGGUUUUAUUCUCCACUAAAAUUGUUUUGUACAGCAAAAAUGACACGACGUAGAAAUGUGCAACUUGACGGCACGGUCUUAAAUUUUCCCCACUGCUCAGACCCCAACACCCAAAAAUAGAACUUAAUUUGCAACUCUCUUAGCAGUGGUUAGUGGUGUGGCCUGUAACAAAAUUUAUUUAAUAGCUUUUCUAAUUUAAAUUAUUUUUGCACCUAUGUUCAACUGCUUUAGAAAGGUCUUUAUUUGCAGUCAGUCACUUUGUGUGCAGCUGCGGUUGUAUAAAUCUAGCAGUGUAGCAGUUUCUGAAUAUAGUAUGUUUUAGAGAGCUUGCUAAGAUCCAAAAAUGCUUAAGUUUAUGCGGCUGCCUCAGUCCCAGUCAUUGCAGCCUGUGGCUAUGUUGUCGUCUUUAAACUAAAUCGUAACAUUAAUGUUCUUGGCAGUCUAAAAUUUAUUUUUCAUGGUGCCCAAAGUGAGAAAAUUAUUAGUAGGAAAAAAGUGUCAAUAACCUGCCAAUAUACUUUUACUGUUUAAAAGCUGCAUGCAAAGAUAGCUUCAAGCCACUAUGCGAGAAUAAAUCUGAAAUAAAUAAUUAAAUUUAAAUUAAUUCAAAGACCUAGCACAGCAUGAUCAGUGUAAAACUGCUCAGCACGUUGUCAAGUUCCUCACUACAUAGUGGAAAGACCAGUUUACAGCAAAACAAUCAAUCCUGUGUCAUUAGAUGAGGUUUAACAAUGGAGUAUUGUUGUUUUUGCAUUGAGCACAAUGAUUUAAAAUUGUCAUAUCAGGUUCUUGUGCCACAUUUUGGACCUAUUGUAUGUGUCUAGGGGUGUUAGGUCAGUGUGGAUACAUUAAAUUCACAGAAAAAAGAAAGACUUAAAUAUAUGGUCUUUAAACAUAUUGCAAUGACAUAUUUUAGGCUUUUAAAGUAUAUUUUUGACUAUUUAUUUUAAACCUGCCUUGUAUUUAUCCCCAGAUAUGUCCAUAAGAACUCUACCUUUAUUUAAAAGAUUGUGGGUUUCUAACUCAGUAAAAUGUGUGUGUUGUUUGUAUGUUUUACACAAAGUUUUUUCUAUUUGGCAUUAAGCAACGAGUUAUGCACUGCUGUGACUUUAGGCAUCACAGUGUAAUAAGGAGCAAUAUAACUAGUGAACAGAUAGAAUUACGCUGCUCCACAGGUAGUUCAUAUCCUAAACGUUCCUUCUUUGCUGUCUUUUCAACACUCGUGUUCCUGUUUUCGUUAACCCUGUUGAAAACUGCACCAGUGCAGAUGCAUAGCAUUACAGAGUUUUGCACUUUAAUGCAAUUCUGAAACAUUAUCUAUGUUUUUGACCGGUGAUUGUUUGUUUUUCCUGAAGUCUUUUUCUUUAAGAGGUUAAAUUUAAACAUAUAUAGUCCCUAGUGUCAUAUCACCCUCUCUAUACUGUAGAUAACACUCAAUAAGAGUUUGUCUGUGUGAAAUUUGCUGUGGUUUGAAAUAAUAUCAACUGCCAAUUUUUAAAAAAAAGGGCUUAAAAAAUGUCUAUCCAUCCUUCCAAAAAAUAAAAAGCACACAUUAUUUAAUUGAA